UAGAAAGGGUUCGAAAUUAAAUGCGAUAAACUUGCCACAACCUAACUGUUAUGCAUAAUUAUAUAUCAUGAUUAUCAUCCUCGAACUAUAGAAAGACUAGACAGAAAUCUAAGAUGCAAGUAGAAGAAAAGAUGGGGCAAUUCCCUCAAUUCGACGUCGUAUCAGACAUCUCCGAUCACAAAUAUUUCAAUGCCUCGUCCUAUAUGCAACUGCCCGCAAUCAGAGCCGUGAUGAGAGAGUGGAAAAUCCUGGAGAAAAAUCUCCCCGGGGGCUCGAUCUUCGUUCGGGCCUACGAGGGCCGGGUGGAUCUCCUCCGGGCUGCAAUCGUGGGCCCCCAGAAAACCCCAUACCACGACGGCCUCUUCUUCUUCGACUUCCAAUUCCCAAACAACUACCCCCACGCGCCUCCCAAAGCCCACUACUGGUCCUUCGGGCGCUGUUUGAACCCCAACUUAUACGAAAACGGGUGGGUUUGUCUCAGCCUCCUGAACACGUGGCGCGGCCCGAAAGAGACCCGGUGGCAGCCCGGAGUGUCCACAAUGCUCCAAGUCCUCGUCUCCCUUCAGGCUUUGGUCCUCAACCAAUCCCCGCUCCACAACGAGCCCAUGAUCCUCACCAAACUAAUGACAACCUCGUACACCUACAACGACACCGCCUUCGUGCUGACGUGUCGGACCAUGUUGUCCCUUAUCCGCACCCCGCCCAGGGGCUUCGAGACGCUCGUGAAGAAUCACUUCGGGACCCGGGCCCACGCCAUCCUGGCGGCGUGCCAGGUCUACCUUAACGGCUUCGCGCGUGUCGGGGAUUACGCGUACGGCGGCGGCCUCUCUCCGCGUCGUCUCUUCGCCGCGUCGUCGGAGGAGCAACGGAGAGUUGUUUUUAGCGUAAAUUCGGAUUUCAAACGCUCGUUAAAAGUUGAGUACAAGGCGCUGGUUGUCGCCCUCUCCAAACACGACCCUUCCUUGAAAGGGUUCUCCCAGGAGCUUGAACGAAUGGUGAAUGAUGCAGUGAAGAACUCUGUUCCUCCUCCGAGCUUUUGCAAUUUGAAUUUGCUUUUCCGAAGAUUUUGGGAAUGGAUAUGGAUGGGUUCCAUUGAGUAGCAUUGUUUGAGGAAGAGAUGUUUUUUUUAUUUAAUUUAUUAUUGAUAUUAAGACGGUAGACUAUUAGAGAUGUUUGGUUGGGAGGAAGGAAUUAGGAAAUAAAUGAAUUGCAAUUUGAUGGAAAAAAGAAUAAGGUAGGAAUUUAAAUUACAUUGUAUGGUAGGAACUAGGAAGGAUGGUUAGGAAUGAGAAAGAAAAAAAAAAUGAUAUAAAGACUAAAAUGUCAUUGUGUAGUAAUAAAAAUAACAAUCAUCACGAA